UACAGUUUACCCUUAAAGUCGUCAGAUCAGUAGAAACACUACUAUGAAGUCUCUAGGACUCUUAAUAGCUAUUUGUUUGUACCUAAAGGCAGAUGCCAUGGAAGAAAAGACACUGGACGAAAUACUGAUGGAGGCCAGCAAUGACAGUAUGAGUUUUGAUCUAGUAUCCAGUGGAUCUUCAGAGAAUCCUACCGUUAGAAUAGAACACGACAUAAUGAUGACAUUAGACGAUUAUAUGCAACAAGAAAAAGAAAGAAUGGCAGAAGAAAAAAUGGGUAGGAGAAAGAAGAGGAAAGCGAUCCGAUCCCAACAAAGCAGAUGGCCAGGAAAAAUAGUUCCCUAUGAAAUCGCACCAAACACUUUUUCUCAGACAGAACGGAAUCAGAUUAACCUGGCAAUAGAGGAUUGGAACAGAGAAACGUGUGUCGUGUUCAGAGAGAGGCGUGGGGAGUCCAGUGCCGUGAGAUUUGAAAAUGGCCAGGGAUGCUCGUCUUUUGUGGGGACAAUAGGCCGUGUUCAGCCGAUCAGCUUGGCCAGGGGAUGCCGUAUAAGGAGAAUUGUGGUCCACGAAAUGGGACACGCUGUUGGAUUCCAACACGAACAGUCAAGGCCGGACAGAGACGGGUUUGUCCGGAUUCGCACUGAAAAUAUACCACAGCCGGUUCUCUUCAACUUUAAUAAGCUCCCAACAAGUCGAGUGAAUAAUUUUGAUGUACCUUACGAUUACAGAAGUGUGAUGCAUUACGGAGCCAGGGAUUUUUCAACUAAUGGUCAAAUUACAGUACAGACAAUUGAUUCCCGAUUUCAAAAUAUCAUUGGUAGAGCCCCCGGACUCAGCUAUAAUGACAUCAAGCUUGCCAAUAUAAUGUAUAACUGUGCAGAGAACUGUCCUGCUCAGAGUUGCCCGGGAGAAGGUUUUGUCGGCAAAGACUGUUCUUGUAAAUGUCCCACUAACAACCCAAACAACCCAGUCCAGAACUGUACUGGUACCACCUUAGUGACCACCACAUCUGUUUCAUCUUCAACAAUCAGAACCACCACCCCAACGGAAGGAGCGUGUGAGGAUAUGAAUCGUUACUGUGACUACUGGGCGGGACAGGGUUACUGUAGUAGGAGCCGGUAUAUGAUGAUGUAUUGUAAAGCAGCAUGUAACCUCUGCAAUGCUCAAAAGCGAUGUGAAGACAUGGGCCAGUCAUGUGGUCUGCUGAGAGACCGAGGCUUUUGUACUCUCCAGUUCGUGAGGAGUUAUAUGGAAUCUAACUGUGCCGCCACUUGUAACUUCUGUAGGGCGGGAGAGUUGCUAAGCGCAGAUGGAACCCCACUAAGAAGCAAAGCAUCAAACCUUGGAUCCACCACCAUGCUUAUCUUGAUCCCUGUCUUCAUCGUUUGGAGUGUGUUAUUAUAAUGAAAAAAAUAUAAGAAAAAAUAACGCUGUUUGAAUGCAUUAGUUACAUAGAUUUUAUUGUUGGAUGUCAUAGGUGUGUUAAAAUUUUAUUUGCUUCAUAUACAUAUAAUCAUAAGUUAAUUUAUAUUUUUCGUUUAAAUUAAAAAAAAAACCUAAUA